AUGGUUUACCGAUUUGAGGUUGUUUUAAGGAAAAAAUAUUUUGGUGCUACGCCGUCAAUAUUAACAAAAAGGUUAACCUACGCAGCACGAAUUAACUAUCUCCCCGGAUGUGGUCUGUUUAUCAUUAGUCGGGCUCAGGAUGUCUGCUUGAUUCUAUCGUUUACGGCUAUCAUCUUUAGUCUGUACUCAACUUAUGUAUAUCAGGCUGGCAUGGCACACCUCCUAUACGAAAAGUUUCGUGUCCCACUAUUGGUGGCAAUGACGUACUUUUUACUUUGCAUUACGUUGCAUAUCUGGCAAGUCGUUGACCACAACAAGUCUCCGUAUCUCUUCCAAUGGCCCAAAGCACUGACUGCUCUGUUCAUCAUACAAAGAUUGUUUUCCCCUCUUUACUACUACUUGUACAAGAGGUCUGCCCUAAAAAUGAGCGACCCACGGUUCUUCGAGAACUUGGACUGGAUCACUUCACAGCUGGCCAUAAAAUAAUUGAUUGAAUGUAAAUUUUAAAUUGCACUUGGAGAUUUGAGUUAACACUUCUAUUCCGAGCGGUCCAUAGAACCUCCUUGGGUUGGACCAAAGUUUAUGUUUCUGCAAACUUGUUAAGUUCAUGGGAUUCAAGAAAGAACUUUACAUGGCAGUCUGGCAGUAUUACAAAAAUAUAAAUCACAUAAUACUCCCAGUAAUGCUUAAACUUGGUGCUUACCGCGCCUGUAUUGCGCUAAAAAAAUGAAAACAUGUCUUAGAUAGUUUGUAGUUUCCCAUGAAAUAUUGAUGUCUCCAACUAUCGAAUUGAUGGUCACAUGUUUAUUUAGCAGGUGUGAUGGAUUUAAAUAAUCUUGUCCUAUUAGUGGUACAGCAAAAUAUGUUACAUCACAUAUCAUGAUAAAUACAUUAUUCAGAUGUUGCAAACAUUAUGCUUACAAUGAAUUAUUUUCAAUCACAAACAGUAUUUUUCCAAGUGAUUUUAAGACUAACCGCAGAACGUAUAAAAAUUUG